AUGGUGCUGGCCGAGGCAAGCUGGCGGCCCCUUAUGAACCCACUCGGGUCUGGGGGCCUCGGAGCCCUUCUGGGCCCCACCGUCCAGGCCCCUGGCUCUGAAUCUGGACCCGGGUUUGUGCCCCAGCUGGGAGUCGAAGAGUACCCCGGGCAACCGGCUGAGUCCCACGGUGUUCCUGGGGGAUCCAGACGCCACCGCCUGCCGCGGGGGAGCCCAGAUGUCCGGCCCCCAGUCCCUGCCCCUCUGGAGACUGUAGCCCACCCUGGCCCCCACUUCAAGGAGCAGAGUCUAGCCGUGAACCCACCAGGUCCAGGGAGCUUGGCGGCCAGCGUGGGCUCUCGGGAUCCCCUCGCCAAGGCAGCCACGCUCUCCCCGCAGGGACCCCUGGCAGCCACGCCACCCGGCGCUGUGUGGGACAUGAGCGCCGUAGCCUCCGAGGGGCCGCAGCUGGACGGCCCCAGCAGGCUGGCCCAGAGAGCGCAAGCCACCACGAGAGUCUGGGCUACUUGCCCUUCCUUGGCCACCAUCUACUUCCUCUUUGUCAUCUUUGCCAGGUCCACCAUGCACUGCCACCAGCGCCUGGCCCUGGUGCCCGCCCCCUGGGCCUACCCGGGCCGCGUGGUCCUGUUCCCCAGACACCUGCCCUGGGGCGGGGGGGGGGGCAUGUCCACCAUCAACUCCAAAGGCCGCCUGGGGAACCAGACGGGGGUGGGGGUGGGGGUUGCCACGCUGUACGCCCUGGCCAAGAUGAACGGGCGGCCGGCCUUCCUCCCACCCCAGACGCACAGCACGCUGGCCCCCAUCUUCAGAAUCACCCUCCCCGUCCUGCACGACGCCACGGCCAGCAGGAUCCCCUGGCAGAACUACCCCCUGAACGAGAUGGAGGACCGGUACCGACACAUCGCGGGCGAGUACGUGCGCCUCACCGGCUACCCCUGCUCUUGGACCUUCUUCUACCACCACCUCCGCGCCGAGGUCCUCCGGGAGUUCACCCUGCACGACCACGUGCGCGAGGAGGCCCACGAUCUCCUGCGGGCUCUGCGGGCCAAGUGGGCCCGGCAGGCCUCCUUCGUGGAGGUCCACGUGCGCGGGGUCGGGGGGGACCACGUCCGAGUCAUGCCCAACGUGUGCAAGGGCGUGGCGGCCGACCGGCGAUACCUGCAGCAGGCCCUGGACUGGUUCCGGGCUCGCUACCCCUCCCCCGUCUUCGUGGUCACCGGCGACCACGUGGCCUGGCGCCGGCAGGACGUCCACAGCUCCCUCCGGGACGGGACGUGGUGUUUGCCGGCAGGGCUCGCCCGCCAGGGACUUUGCAGCGUAAGCACACCGUCGUCACUGUGGGCUGCCUCCCUCGCGGGUGGGAACACCAUCUAUCUGACCGACUUCCCCCUGGCCGGCUCCCCCUUCCACGUGGUCUCUAAGCCCCGGGUGGCCCUCCUGCCGAAGUGGGUAGGCACCGCGGGCAACCUGGGGCAGGCUAGCCCCCGCUCACGUCCCUGCCUCACCCUCGGGCCCUACAGCAGUGUGUGGGGUGCAGCGCGGGGGCUUUCACGCCUGAGUUGA